GAACGGCCAGAAUACAUCGUUGUGAUGAUGACGUCAGGACUCAUCUUCCGUAGAUCUGAACGGUCUGAACAGGUAGUCAACCUUAAAGGCCAUACUUGACUGUUGCUCCUCGAAACUGUCCAAACAACAUUCAGACCAUACAUCAUGUCUCGACAAAGCUACACAGCGUUUCAGCGACAUUUACAGUUCUUCUCGACGCCCACAAAUCCACCAAGGCUCACCUUCGUAUCUGCAGUAGAAGGUGCAUGCGCACUUGGCCUCGACUUCCCGAUCUCAGUGUUUCUCAGUCUGGGUCUCAAGCUGCUGUAUACACCGUUCAGCCUGACGGGCAUCAACAUCACCGACAUUCCUCAGUCAUCACAUCGCAGCCAGCUAAGCAAUGUCACGCUGCCCAGGGGCAAGAAAGAGUUCACGUGCUCUGAGCUUCUACGACUGCUUGAUCAAGAGCGCAAUCCAGGUUUCUUGAAGCACAAGAUUGAUCAAGGUCAUAUCGUUGGCUUCUGGAGUAUGGCUGCAAACACACGUACACACACUGUUAGCAGAGACGAUGUCGAGCGCUUCCAACAAGGAGAGUGGGAAACGGCAAUCGCAGAGCGAAGACGGAACUCAGAUGAGAUUCUGCCGCUGUGGAGAGGAGGGCCGAUUUGGGCAGGGGGCCAUAGCUGGGCUGUUGAUAAGCUGCUCGGCGUGAAGGUGUACAAGUCGAAGAAUGAAUGAGGAGGGGAUGAUUGAGUUCAAGACAAUACAAAAGUUGAC